AUGACCGAGGCAGCGUCGGCAGACGCGGCCAAUGUAGCAGAACGGCCAGAACAAAAGCCGGCAGAGACUGCAGUGGGAGCGACGUCUUCGUCAACCAAGAUCUCCUACUACGCGCAGUAUUGCUUCCACCUCUCGCCCACACUCAAUCAGUGGUGUCCCAUGCGCGUGGCCGAUGUUGCGAGCCUCGACGAAUAUGCCGAAUUCCACGGCAAGUCAGAAUACCUGUCCAGCCAAGAUGUCUACUUCCACAUGAACCACCCCAUCAAGUGGGUGCGCGUCGCUGGCGUUGUCGUCGCCAUGAGCAACAACGACUACCUGACGAUCUACACCAUUGACGACGGCAGCGGGGCCACCAUUGAGUGCGUGUACAAAAAGCAAAGGUGGCCCCCUUCUGCUGCCACGCCUCCUCCCCUGCCCUCUACCAUUACCCCCGGCACUGUCGUCAGUAUCAAGGGCGCGCUCCAAAUGUACCGCGGUGUCCUGCAGGCCCUUAUUGUCAAGCUGGCUGUCCUGCGCUCCACCGAGCAGGAGAUGCAGUUCUGGGCCAAGGUCCACAGCUUCGCGCAGACAACGCUCUACCGGCCGUGGGUGCUGGAUCGGGAGACGGUGCGGGCGUGCCGGAAGGCGGCCAAGGCGGCGCAGCGGGCCAGGGACGAAGAAGAGGUGCGCAAAGAGAUGGAGCAGGAGAAGAAGGCGCGCGCAAAGGAGCAGAAGCGGAGGGGUGACGACAUGGAUGGGGAGACGGAGGACGCGGCCGACAGGGACAUGCCGGACAAUGAAGGCUCGGACGGUAUCCAUGCGGGCUCGACGUAG